AUGGAACCACCAAAAAACCCGUCGGGCUCGGACCCAGCACGGAAUAAGAAAGGUCGAGGCUCGGGAAACAAGCGUGGAACUUCAGGGGGGCGUAGUGGCUACUGGCGUUGCUACCGUCAUGGUUAUCACCAUCAAAGCGGCGUCUCGAGGGAGAAACCGGUCGGGUUUGUUCUGCCAAAACUUCCGGGCGAUGCACCAACAGGCACGUUGUCCACCAGUUUAAGCAAUGAUUCUUGUGAAUACGCAGGAUGGAAGCUGUACUUUCCCUCGGAAGAUUACCGGUCCGAAUCCACAACGGUUCAUAAGAUACGAACAAUGCUCAGACAUUACACUGAUCAAGCGGACAAUUAUGAGCCCUCGGAGAUAAAGUCUAACCGUUGGUUCGUGCUUAACCUGAAGUGGUGCGAGAACGACGAAGCUCUCCUCAAGAAGUGGCCCACAAUGAGGCAGGACUUGGUCGACAAUCCCGAACACACACUCGCUUGCAUCGGACUGGCAAUGCACGAUCUGUUGACAAGGAGCUCUGCCGACGAUAGUUCGCAGCGAUCGGCAAAACUUUCUCUCCACACGAUAAGGCCUCGCAUAAUCGGAUUUGGCCCUGACGUUCGGAUCGGUUCGAUUAAAGUGAACACCAGUGGCAAGCUGGUGUCCGUUCGUGGAACCAUCAUUCGUGCCGGUGCCGCGCAAAUCAAGAACGCUUGGUGUGCGUUCCGGUGCGGUGCUUGCGGCAACAAGCAAGCGGUUCAGCAGAAGGAUGGCAUUUACACAUUACCCUCCUCCUGCCACAGUGGCUGCAAGGCGCGAAGUAACUUUGUUUUACUGCCACAGUCCAUUUUCACUCGUACGGAGUCGUAUCAGACCAUUCGGUUGCAGGAAGAGGUGCAAGUAUCGCGUGCCGGAGCGGGAAGUGUGUCGAAAAGCAUCGAAGUGGAGCUGACGCACGAAAUGGUGGACAGCGUGUGGCCUGGUGAUGAUGUGACCAUAACGGGCAUACUAAAAUGGCGCUCGCAGGACGACAUAAAUAGCACCGGAAAGGACCGUUUCUUCAAGGCGUACGUGCAGGCUGUUUACGUGCGAAGCAACAAGAGCGCCCUGGGAAGCUGGAAUCGGUUCGGUGAGUUCAGCGAUUUGGAUCUGGAAGCGAUCCGGAUGAUCCACUCGGAACCGUCGCCCUUCCGAUUGCUGGUGCACUCCCUGUGCCCUAUCAUAUACGGGCACGAGCUUGUUAAGGCUGCCUAUUUGCUGGGUCUGUUUGGAGGCCACGCUACGAGCACUGACACGAGAGCUGAAAUUCACGUGCUCGUCGUCGGUGAUCCGGGCAUUGGCAAAAGUCAGAUCCUGCACCGGUGCGCCACCGUGUCGCCGCGGGGAAUUUUGGUGUGUGGCACCAACUCGUCACACGCCGGGUUGACGGUGACAGUGAAAGCGGAGAAGGGUGGCGGGGCGUCCCUGGAAGCGGGUGCCCUGGUACUGGCCGACCAGGGUGUCUGCUGCAUCGACGAGUUCGACAAAAUGUCCGACCAGCAUGCGCUGCUGGAGGUGAUGGAAGAACGGUUGGUGAGUGUGACGAAGGCGGGUGUCAUUUGUACCGUGCCGGCGCGUACUACCGUUCUGGCCGCCGCCAAUCCGGCCGAUGGUCUCUACAACAAAACCAAAACGGUUUCGGAAAACAUGAAGCUACGUGCAACCCUGCUUUCGCGGUUCGAUUUGGUAAUCAUUGUGCUCGAUCGGUCGAACGAACGCACCGACAGUCUUCUCACGGCUCACAUUCAAGAGGUGAACGGCCUGCCGAGUACCUCGUCGAGACCGACGUUUCAAGCUUUUGAUGCAUCCGGGUCUGCUUCGUCCGAUGGAACCGAGCGUGAACCUACGAUUGAGCAGCGUCUAAGGCUGGCUCCGGGUGAGAAACUCGAUCUACUUCCGGUGGAAUUGAUACAAAAAUAUAUCGGUUAUGCUCGGAAAAACGUUCAACCAAGGCUGACGGGCGGAGCCGCCAAAAAACUGCGUGAUUUCUAUGUGAAGCUACGUGAGACGGACAGCCGACGCGAAACAGAUAUGAACCCCGUUACCAACCGGCAGCUCAAGGGACUCAUUCGGUUGACGCAGGCACGGGCCAAGAUCGAUCUGUCGCGUGAGGCUACCGUUGAGCACGUGCGCGAUGUCCUGGCCAUUUUUCGUGAGAGCAUGCAAGACGUGUUUAGCGCCGACGAGGAAGACCUUCAAUUUAUGCGUCCUUUCAACGUCAGUGGCGCCAGCAAAACGGCAACCGUGCGAAAGUUUGCUGCUGUCCUACAGCGGCGCUCGACCAGCACUGGCCGGACCAUGUACACAAUCGACGAACUGCGACAGACUAUGGCAGCGACCGGAAUCUCUGCCAACUGUAGCGAGCUGAUUGAUACGAUGAACUUUCAGGGGUUUUUGCUAAAGAAGGGCCACGAUUUAUACAAAUUUAUCAACGAAUAG